AUGGCUGCGGAAAAGCUGGAAAUGCAGAGCAUAUAUGGCGUGCAAGUGCGCCAGGGCAAGCUGUGGGGGCUGGCUGGUGCAAUCAAACGCCUCGGACAUAGCAGUGACUGGAGGGUAGCAUUGGAUCUCCUGCAGGAAUGCCUGUGCUGGGAGCCUGACGUGCCAGCAUUCAAUGCUGCUGUGACAGUUCUGGGGGGCACCUCCUCGUGGAGAAAUAGUUUGGCCAUGGUGGACACAAUGCAAGCGUCCUUCAUCCAGCCAAAUGUCAUCACGCUUGGCGGACUUCUACGCGCUUUGGAACCUGGCGGGUGGUUCAGAGCAAUCCACUUCUUUCACCACUUGUCACGAAUGACCUUGGAGACAAAUGUGAUCCUUGUCAACACUGCCCUUGCAGACAGUCGUUCCGGAAAGCGCUGGCGGUUUGGUUUGCAUAUACUUGCAGCUGCUGCAUCAAACGGGCUCGAGCUGGACACUGUGUCAUUGAAUUCAGCAGUGGUGGUGUCUGGUCAGUGCAACACUUGGGAGUGCAGCUUCACUGCCUUGCAGCAGAUGCAGCGAGCGCAGGACUCAAACCUCCGGUCAGACGCUAUCACUCGCAAUUCAUGCAUUCAAUGCUGUGUGGAAGGAAGACCUUUGCAUUCCUGGAAACACGUGUUGUUGCUAAUAGGUGACACGGAACAACGUCCCAAUCUGUCAGGGUUCAAUUCAGCUGUCAAUGGGCUGGCCAAGGCUCGCAAGUGGCGGGAGGCGGUUGCUGUGUUCCGGCAGAUUCCUGCAAACAGCUUCGCCAGAGAUUUGCGCAGCUUUCACGCAGUGGCUAGUGCUACUGAUUCCUGGGCCAGGUUGCUGCAACUCUGCAUCAACCUUGAGGAGCUAAACUUGCAGACAGAUGUGGUCUUGGGAAAUAUGUUGUGCAGCUGCAGCCGGAGAGAUUGGCAAAGCUCUUUGCUGGCUUCGCAGAUUUUCUUACAGAAAUCUCUUGAACCUGAUUCGGUGACUGCUUCUGCCUUGGCAUCGGCUCAUGGUUAUUUGCACCGAUGGAGGCAUUCCAUGACGGUUCUACAGAUGGCUCCAAUGAAUGCCCAAGCUGUGGCAGCUGACACGGAGUAUGUUCGGGCCUCCUGCCUUGAUGCCUGCGCCAAGCGUUUCGCCUGGGAAGCUGCUUCGAGUCUAAGUGCACCCAGACCAGUGAACGGCUGCGACGAAGACACGGUGUAUCUGGCAGCAAUCGAAGGUCAAAGCAAGGCAUCUCAAUGGCUGCGCUCAGUGCAGCAGCUGGAAAAUCUCAACAGCCGUGGCCUGCGGCAGAAUGUCCUCAUGUACAGUGCGCUUGGUUCUGGUCAGUUCCUCAGUGUGACUCAAAACGCACAACGUUACCAGAGGACACCUGCUGGGAAGAAGCUGUUGCGAUGUUUAAAGCUGGAUGGUCCAGAAGUCUCCAGCCAGACGCCGUGCUUUUCAACGCAGUUGCUAGGCUUUGUGCCGCAGAAAACUGGGAUCAGAUGUUUUUGCGCUGGACAAGCUUGGCCCUACGCCAUAAACUUGUUGCAGGGCGUCAGAGCUCUUGCUGCGCUAGAAGAUGCCAACCGUAUUUUUCCGGAGUUUGGAGCUGCAAUUGCAGCCUGCAUCAGCGGAAAUGCUUUUCAGAUCUCACGAUUGGUGAGCGACAUGCGGGUUAUGGAACCCAAGGUGCAGAUCACCCCGUCACCAGGUGCCCCCCUCUUUGCCACUAUUUGCCUCACUGUUUUGCUUCGUUUGCGGUACUGGUGA